UUCCUGCUGAGCUCAAGUCGUCUCCUCAUCCAGCAUCAUCAUCUCACCUCCUGCGGCUUCGUUGCCUCCCUCUUAUUUGUCUGUUGCCUCCCUCACGCGCACAAUCCUCGUCUUCUUUCUCUCUUGUGUCCCUUCCCCCCUCUUCUCUCUUCUCUGUUCGAUCAUGUCCUACUAUCCACCUUACUCGGGCCCGCCCGGGUAUCCCCCGCAGCAGCAGUAUUCCUAUCCUCCCCAGCAAGGCUACGGCUCCCCGCCGCCAUAUCAGCAGCAACAGCAGCAGCAACAGAUGAACCCUCAUCAUCAGCACCAGCAUCACUCCUCCUCCUACGGAGGUGGUGGUGGUGGCUAUCCCGGCCAGGCCUAUCGCCAGCACCAGCCCCCCAGCAACCCCUACCCCUACAGCCAGCCCUCUCCGCAGCAAUACCAAGGAUCGCAACCUCCUCCGAAUGGCUAUAAUAGCGGUUAUCCCCCCAGCAGCCAAGCUCCUAUGUAUGGAGCCCGGCCAGGGAGCGGCAACGCCUAUCCGAACUCCUACGGCCAGGGCAACCAGGGCGGUCCGGCCCCGCCGCCCAGCCAGCCGGUCGCCUUUGGUCAAGGUGCGCCGCAGGGCUACAGCUUUCAAUACUCGCGCUGCACGGGCAAGAGAAGGGCCUUGCUGAUCGGCAUCAACUACUUCAACCAGAAGGGCCAGCUCCGGGGAUGUAUCAAUGAUGUCAAGAACAUGACCACCUACCUGAACCAGAACUUUGGCUACGCCCGCGAAGACAUGGUCAUUCUCACGGAUGACCAACAAAACCCCAUGAGCCAACCCACCAAGGUGAACAUCCUCCGGGCCAUGCACUGGCUGGUCAAGGACGCGCAGCCGAAUGAUUCCCUGUUCUUCCACUAUUCUGGUCACGGUGGGCAGACGCCCGAUCUGGACGGCGACGAAGAUGACGGAUACGAUGAGGUGAUCUACCCGGUCGACUUCCGGCAAGCGGGACACAUUGUCGACGACGAGAUGCAUCGGAUCAUGGUCAAGCCAUUGCAGCCGGGCGUGCGGCUGACGGCGAUCUUCGACUCCUGCCACUCGGGCUCAGCCCUCGACCUGCCCUACGUCUACUCGACCCAGGGUAUCCUCAAGGAACCCAACCUCGCCAAGGAGGCGGGCCAGGGCCUGCUGGGUGUGGUGUCGGCAUAUGCGCGCGGCGACAUGAGUAGCAUGAUGUCGACGGCGGUCGGGUUCCUGAAAAAGGCGACCAAGGGCGACGAGGCGUACGAGCGCACGAUCCAGACCAAGACCAGCCCGGCCGACGUGAUCAUGUGGUCCGGCAGCAAAGACGACCAGACCAGCCAGGACGCGCAGAUUCAGGGCCAGGCCACGGGCGCGAUGUCGUGGGCGUUCAUCAACGCGCUGCGCCGGAACCCCCAGCAAAGCUACGUGCAACUGCUGAACAGCAUCCGCGAAGAGCUAGCCACCAAGUAUACGCAAAAACCGCAGCUGAGCUGCAGUCAUCCCCUGGAUACAAAUUUGCUUUAUGUGAUGUAAAUAGUUGCUUGGGACUUGCGGGAUAAGCCUUGGGAUGGGAAAAGGAUUCCACCAUAAUAAUUUUCUUUCUGCACUCUUCUAGCUGAACAUGAUUUUUGUGACCGUCCGUUUGAUGCCGAGUAUGAUCCGUUACGUUUGCAUUGGUGCCGUUGAGGAGUCGACUGGUUUUGUUCUCGGGGGGAGAGACUGGGAAUAAUCACUGGAUGGUACCUUCUCAUCAAUGUAUCAUUAGAAUCAUGCCUAUGUCCACGAGAUGCUCAUAACUUUUCCAAC